AGGACGGCUCACCUCACCUUAUAUAGUCCCUUCCAUCAUUCCAUUUCAUAUUCCAUUCUUGCAACGGACCAAUACUCACUCUGCUAUUCCUCGCCUCAUCUCACAUCAAACCCUAGAAUCCAGCAAGAUGAGGCUGCUCAAAGUAGCAACCUGUAAUUUGAACCAAUGGGCUAUGGAUUUCGAUUGCAAUUUGAACAACAUCAAGGAUUCAAUUACCAAAGCUAAACAAGCGGGAGCCGUCAUUCGUCUUGGCCCUGAGCUUGAGAUUACUGGUUAUGGCUGCGAAGACCAUUUCUUGGAGCUCGAUACCAUUAACCAUGCAUGGGAAUGCUUGAAAGAAAUUCUACUGGGUGAUUGGACUGAUGGGAUACUGUGUAGCUUUGGAAUGCCUGUAAUUAAAGGGUCUGAGCGUUAUAAUUGUCAACUUCUUUGUAUGAACCGAAAAAUAUUGAUGAUACGCCCAAAGAUGUGGCUUGCAAAUGAUGGCAAUUAUAGAGAACUUAGAUGGUUUACAGCUUGGAAACAAACAGACCAACUUGUUGACUUUCAGCUGCCGUUUGAGAUUUCUGAGGCUUUGCAACAAAAGUCAGCGCCAUUUGGUUAUGGCUUUAUUCAAUUUCUGGAUACCUCUGUUGCGGCAGAAGUCUGUGAAGAGCUUUUCACUCCUAGUCCGCCCCAUGCCGAACUAGCGUUGAAUGGGGUUGAAGUGUUCAUGAAUGCAAGUGGUAGCCACCACCAAUUGAGAAAGCUUGAUGUUCGUCUUCGUGCUUUUAUAGGUGCUACUCACACUCGUGGAGGGGUUUACAUGUACAGCAAUCACCAAGGAUGUGAUGGUGGCCGCCUCUACUAUGAUGGAUGUGCUUCUGUUGUUGUAAAUGGAGAUUUGGUUGCUCAAGGGACACAAUUUUCUUUGAGAGACGUUGAGGUUGUUGUUGCCCAGAUAGAUCUAGAAGCGGUUUCUAGUCUAAGAGGGUCUAUAAGUAGCUUCCAAGAACAAGCGAGCUGUAAAACCAUAGUUUCUUCAGUGAUGGCUCCUUACAAACUCUGUCAGUCUUUUAACCUGAAAAUGUGUCCUUCAAGUCCACUUAAGAUUAAUUACCACUGCCCUGAGGAGGAAAUAGCAUAUGGCCCUGGUUGCUGGUUGUGGGACUAUUUACGAAGGAGUGGAGCUUCUGGUUUUUUGCUUCCUCUUUCUGGUGGAGCAGAUAGCUCAUCUGUUGCUGCUAUUGUUGGCUGUAUGUGCCAGCUUGUUGUUAAAGAAAUUGCAAAUGGAGAUGAACAAGUCAAGGCUGAUGCUAUUAGGAUUGGAAAUUAUACUGAUGGACAGUUUCCUACUGACAGUAGAGAAUUUGCAAAACGCAUAUUUUACACAGUUUAUAUGGGAACAGAAAACAGUUCUGAAGCCACAAAAUCAAGGGCAAAAAAGCUAGCAGAUGAGGUUGGCUCAUGGCAUCUUGAUGUUUGCAUAGAUGGUGUUGUCUCUGCACUUUUAACCCUGUUUCAAACAGUUACCGGGAAACGACCACGCUAUAAGGUAGACGGAGGGUCAAAUAUUGAGAACUUAGGUCUGCAAAACAUUCAAGCUCGAAUUAGAAUGGUGCUAGCUUUCAUGUUAGCAUCACUAUUGCCAUGGGUGCAUAGCAAAUCUGGGUUUUAUCUUGUGCUGGGUAGUUCUAAUGUGGAUGAAGGCUUGCGUGGUUACCUAACAAAGUAUGACUGCAGCUCAGCAGAUAUAAAUCCAAUUGGAAGUAUUAGUAAGCAAGAUCUUCGAGCAUUUCUACGAUGGGCAGCUGUCCAUCUUGGUUUUUCAUCCUUGGCUGAUAUUGAAGCUGCUCCCCCCACUGCAGAACUGGAGCCUAUACGUUCUGACUACACUCAGCUGGAUGAAGUGGACAUGGGAAUGACUUAUGAGGAACUCUCAAUCUAUGGAAGGUUAAGGAAAAUUUUCCGAUGCGGUCCUCUAUCCAUGUUCAAGAAUCUCUGCUACAGAUGGGGCGCGACGUUGACUCCAUUAGAGGUUGCUGACAAAGUGAAAUACUUCUUCAAGUACUAUUCUAUUAAUCGGCACAAAAUGACUGUAUUGACACCGUCUUAUCACGCUGAGAGCUACUCACCAGAGGACAAUAGAUUUGACCUCCGCCAAUUUCUCUACAAUGCAAGAUGGCCUUACCAGUUUCGAAAGAUCGAUGAGCUUGUACAUGAGUUGGAUGGUGAGAGAAUUCAUCUGGGAGAAUCAAGUGACGCCAAAAAGUUGGGAGUUACAUCAGAUGGUGGUGGUGGGAUGGGGGUCGCUGCAGCGGGUUCAGGCAAUCCAAACGUUGGAUUCUAAUUUAAAUACAAAGUCAAGCAUUGCAGGCGUUGUGGGCAGCACAGGCAUUGCAUAACCGGACAUCAUUCCUCUAUAAAUAAGCUAACCAAAUAAGAUGGCAAAUUGAUAUUUUGUCUUUUAAUUUUCAUCGUAAGUGGGUUAUUAAAUUAUCAUUCAUGGAGGAAUACUGUAUAAAUGUAUAUUGUCUUGUUGAGUUUCGAGUGUAAAGUAAUGAAUUAAUAAAUAAAAUAAAAUGAAGCUAUUUUUUCCCCUUUA